UUACUGUUGCUCCGAUUCACAAGCCCAUGAACACCGCUGGGCUCAGUGUGUCCGUUCCCUCUCGGACUUUGGAUUAUUCUCCCAUCUAAAGCUCACACCAUGGAUGCUACCAUUUAUCAGAUCAUAUUUGGAGAGCUCGGGGACCUUAACUGCAGUUUAUUAGAUGCUUUCCAAGACACUCUGGAAAACGCUUCAUUGUCUUUGCUGAGCACUGAUGGUUUAUAUUGCAAUGCCACAACCGAUGAGAUUGGAACCUGCUGGCCACGAAGCAGCAUCGGCAGCAUUGUAGAGAGACCCUGCCCUGAGUACAUUAAUGGGGUGAAGUACAACACAACAAGGAGCGCUUACAGGGAAUGCAUGGAUAAUGGGACGUGGGCACUGAAGAGCAAUUAUUCCAAUUGUGAACCUAUUUUGGAAGAGAAGAGAAAAUAUCCAAUGCAUUACAAAAUAGCGCUGAUCAUCAACUACCUAGGCCACUGUAUCUCUGUGGGAGCUCUAGUCGUGGCCUUCAUUCUCUUCUUAUGCUUAAGGAGCAUACGAUGCCUUCGAAACAUCAUCCACUGGAACUUGAUCACCACUUUCAUACUAAGAAACGUUAUGUGGUUUUUGCUUCAGCUUAUUGACCACAAUAUUCACGAGAGCAAUGAGCCAUGGUGUCGAUUAAUCACAACAAUAUACAACUACUUUGUGGUGACCAACUUUUUCUGGAUGUUUGUUGAAGGGUGUUACCUCCACACUGCCAUUGUAAUGACGUACUCCACUGAUAAGCUUCGAAAGUGGGUCUUUCUUUUCAUCGGUUGGUGUAUUCCAUGCCCUAUAAUUGUAGCGUGGGCUAUUGGGAAAUUAUAUUAUGAAAAUGAACAAUGUUGGUUUGGUAAAGAGCCUGGCAAAUAUAUGGACUACAUUUACCAGGGUCCUGUUAUUCUUGUGCUUCUGAUAAACUUUGUUUUUCUCUUCAACAUCGUAAGAAUCCUCAUGACCAAACUGAGAGCGUCUACCACAUCCGAAACGAUACAGUACAGAAAAGCUGUGAAAGCGACACUGGUUUUGCUCCCUCUGCUCGGCAUCACCUACAUGCUCUUCUUUGUGAAUCCGGGGGAGGAUGAUAUCUCGCAAAUCGUAUUCAUCUAUUUCAACUCCUUUUUACAGUCUUUUCAGGGAUUCUUUGUGUCUGUGUUUUACUGCUUUCUAAAUGGAGAGGUUCGUUCUGCUGUAAGGAAACGGUGGCACCGCUGGCAGGACAACCACGCCCUGCGAGUCCGAGUGGCACGAGCCAUGUCCAUCCCCACGUCUCCAACCAGGAUUAGCUUCCACAGUAUCAAACAGACCACAGCUGUGUGACCAGAAGAACAAGCCCAUAAUCUCUCCUCCAGUGUCUGGGGGCGGGGGGACUUAAUCUUUAUUGCCCAGCACAAUGAGAUGAUUUACAAGGGGACUGAUUUGUAAGAGAUUCCUCUAAUGACGCCACGCCGCAUCCAGAGGAGUCAGGGGAAUAUCUGGUGUCUGGUGAUAAAAAUGGAGACAUUACCUGGGAAUAAGAUUAAAUUACACAUUUCUCUGUCUUAUUCUGUACAGAGGAUACAGUUUGUGGGAUUUUAAAGGAUAUGAAAUUUGGUAUCGUUACAACUGCCACGUCACAACAAGUCUUAUCGCAUAACAGCAUUUUGUGUCGCUGUCAUCAGACUGUGGCUGCGGUUAUUGAUGGAACAAGGCAACUGGUGGGAAUCUGCAAGUGUAAUGAAGACACUGGUGCUUUAAUUUGACCCCUGAACAACAAGCAAUUAAAUAAGCCUAAAAUAGAU